AUGCCUCUUCGUCCUUCAUAUGCUUCCUCCUUCUACUUUACCUGCCCAAACCCCUCUCUCCGUGGACCUUCCCCCCCGCAGACUCAUCCUGAGGAUGCGCCAAUCACCAUCUCGCCAUUUCAGCCGCUCGCCAUGCACGUCGCCACGUGUUGCCUGCUACCCUCUCACAGGCGGUCAAGCACACUGCUGCCACGGGCUCCUGGUGUAGCUGUUACGGCCCACAUGCCACGGGGUACUACUGCGGCAGGAGGCACGUCCAUUGCAACGACUGGGGCACUCAAGGCUGUGCCUGCGGGGCAUGGGGGGCACGUGGAGGAUGGGGAGGGAGCAGGUGGGGAUGGAAGAGGAGGCGUGGCGGUGGGCGGGUCAGGCAGUGCGAGGGAGCUCAUCAACAGCAUGCCACGGCUGCAGCAUCUCAUAGUGAGCCCUGCAGCAUCUCAUACUCAUAUAAUUCCCUUCCACUUCCUCUCCCUCUGCCCCUCUCCUUUCUUUCCGCCGCACUCCUUUCUCUGUGCCGAUCUCCCUCCUUCCUCACCGCCCCUCUCCUUACUCACCGCCCCUCUCCUGUCUCUUCCUCCCUCUCCUCUCUCUCCCCCCCUCUCCUCUCUCUCCCCCCCUCUCCUCUCUCUCCCCCCCCUCUCCUCUCUCUCCCCCCCUCUCCUCUCUCUCCCCCCCUCUCCUCUCUCUCCCCCCCUCUCCUCUCUCUCCCCCCUCUCCUCGCUCUCCCCCCCUUUCCUCUCUCUCCCCUCUCUCCUCGCUCUCCCCCCCUUUCCUCUCUCUCCCCCCCUCGUAUUUCUCUCCCCCUUCUCCUUCCCCACCGCCCCUCUCCACAGGUCCCAGAGUCCCUCCACGCCCACCUCGCAGCAGGCCUCCCGGCAGCCAUCGCUGUGCACCCUCUCAGCACCGCCAGCUGCCACCAUCCCCAUUGACCACCAUGCGCUCAUCACGCUCACUGCCAUCCGUCUUGGAACCCACUGGGGCGAUCCCUGGCACAUCUGCACUGCUGUCUCCAUCGGCCAGGGUAGGUCAAGUGACCUUUCACACGACGGAUGA